AUGGAGUUGGCACCGUUGAGUUUGGGCAAGUCCGUGCUGAGUGGAGCACUUGCCUACGCGAAGUCUGCCAUUGCUGAGGAGGUGGCUUUGCAGCUCGGCAUCGAGAAAGACCACACAUUUGUUGCAGAUGAGCUUGACAUGAUGAUGUCCUUUAUGAUGGAAGCGCAUGAGGAGCGAGAUAGCAGCAAAGUGGUCGGUACCUGGGUGAAGCAAGUCCGUGACACGGCCUAUGACGUGGAGGACAGUUUACAUGAGUUCGCAGUUCAUCUGGAGAGGCCAGCUUGGUGGCGAUUCCCUUGCACACUGGUUGCGCGGCACCGUGUGGCCAAGCAGAUGAAGAAGCUAAGGGCCAAGGUCGAGGAAGUGAGCCAGCGGAAUGUCCGCUACCGUCUUAUCAAGGGCUCAGGCUCCAAGACCUCUGCUGCCGAGCAGUCUUCCAGUACUGCUGCUGCCAUGUUCGGCAUUGACGAUGCAAGGCGUGCCGCGAAGCAGGACAACCAGAGAGUGGAUCUUGUCCAACUGAUCAACGAGGAGAACGAGGACCUUAAAGUGAUUGCGGUGUGGGGUACAUGUGGUGAUAUCGGCCAAACAUCCAUCAUCAGGGUGGCUUAUGAGAACCCGGGCAUCCAAAACAAGUUCCCAGUGAGAGCAUGGGCGAGGGUGAUGCAUCCUUUCAGUCCAAAAGGUUUUAUCCAGAGCUUGGUCAAUCAGUUUCAUGCAACUGAAGGGGUUGAAGCCCUGUUGGAGGCAGAGAAGUCAGACCAAAGAUUAAUUCAGGAGUUCAAUGGCUAUGUGAAGGAGAAUAGGUUUUUUAUUGUGCUUUCUGACCUAUCCACCAUUGAAGAGUGGGAUCUGAUUAAAAAAUGCUUCCAAAACAACAAGAAGGGAAGCCGGAUCGUAGUAUCAACAGCACAAGUUGAAGUUGCAAGUUUAUGUGCCGGGCAAGAAAGCCAAGUGUCAGAGCUAAAGAAAUUGUCUGCUGAUCAAACCCUUUAUGCAUUCUAUGACGAGGGUUCCCAAAAUGUAAAGGGUUUGGUGAAGCCAGUGUGCAGCCCAGAUGAUGAAAUAACAGAGGUUCAACCUAUGGAUUCUGGUGAAAUAGUACAGGUUGAACCUACGGAUGCUGAGCGAAAGAAGGUGGUUAGGAGGAGUUCUGCCAGGACUAGUGUUGGUGCUUUGGAAUCCCAGCUUAUUGGGCGAGAGAAACAAAUGACAGAAAUUAUUGAGGUAGUAUUAAACAAGGAUAGCCAGGUGAUCUCUGUGUGGGGAAUGGGUGGUCUUGGAAAAACCACACUAGUCGGCGGUGUUUAUGAAAGCCCAGAGAUGAGUGAAAGGUUUGAGAAGUGUGCCUUUGUCACUAUCGCACGUCCUUUCAAUCUUGCAGAGCUCCUUAGGAGUUUGGUUUUGCGACUAUGUCAAGAAACUAAAAAUAAGGAACAACUGAUGGAAAAAAGAGCCACAAGUAAGAACUUAAUAGCAUCGAUGGGAAUUGAAGAAUUGAAUGAGCAAUUGAGAGCACUUUUAGAAAAGAAGACCUGUUUGAUUGUUCUAGAUGAUUUAUCAUCUACUACAGAAUGGGACAUGAUACAGCCGAUGUUCCUUUGGAUGAAAAAGACAAGCAGAAUUACUGUGACUACACGGGAACACAAUAUUGCCAACCAUUGCUCAGGGAAAGAUGGAACUGUGUACAACCUCCACGUUCUUGAAGUUGAGGACGCACUAGACCUCUUCAGCGAGAAGGUAAUACCAAUGUGUUCCAUUUUACUGGGUUUGAAAUAG